AUGAUCACUAGUCAUUAUCCAACACUGGUGCACAUUCUUCCGAUUACAGCAACUCCUCAUUCAACGACCGGAUUCCUCCGUAAUGAUGUGGUCCCAUAUUUUAUCUUCGGCCUAUCUCCCUCGCUAUCCUUCCUUCCUGACAUUCGUCUCGCUCUUCACCCUCGACAUCUUUUUUUCCUUUUUCUGUUGAUUUUUUUUUCACUUUCUCUUUCUCGUGGUCAAGUUUUUUUUUAUCUAUCUAUCUAUCUAUCUAUCUAUCUAUCUAUCGUGGUCCCUUCAUAUCUAUCUAUCUAUCUAUCUAUCUAUGUCAAUUUUUAUUGCUGUAAUCUAUCUAUCUAUCCAAGUCUGUUCGUAUCUAUCUAUCUAUCUAAGUCUGUUCAUAUCUAUCUAUCUAUCUAUCUAUCUAUCUAUCUAUCUAUCCAAGUGUCUUCAUAUCUAUCUAUCUAUCUAUCUAUCUAUCUAUCUCAAUAUAUAUUUAUAACUGGGAAACUACACUCUCUAGCUAUUCUCCCUCACUUUUCUUCUAUUAUGCUCCCUACCUAUCAAUCUGUCCUGUUCUAUUUAUCUAUCUGUCUCUUUAUAUCUCUCUGUGUCUCUGCUCUCUCUCACUCACUCACUCACUCUCUCUCUCUCUCUCUCACUCUUUCUACCUAUCUAUCUCUGUAUCUAUCUCUUUCUAUCUCUCUAUUUCUCUCUAUAUAUCUUCAAUUACUUAUUUUUCUCUAUAUAUCUAUGCUUACUUUCACAUCACCCGUAAUUCUAACAACAUAUCUAUCUAUCUAUCUAUCUAUUAAUCUAUCUAUCUACUAUCACGUUCGCUAUGUGUCUAUUCCUAUCUAUCUAUCUAUCUAUCUAUCUAUCUAUCAUAUAACUAUUUAUCUAUUUUUCUAUCUCUCUCGCCAUCUAUCACUCUAUCUCCCUAUCUAUAAUCACGUUCGCUAUCUAUCUAUCUCUCUAUCUCUUUCUUUCUUUCUUUCUUUCUUUCUUUCUUUCUUUCUCCUAAAAUCUCUCUAUCUCUCAUAUAACUAUCUAUUUUUCUAUCUCUCUUGCCAUCUAUCCCUCUAUCUCUCUAUUUGCUAUCACGCUCGCUAUCCCUCCCUCUAUCUCUGUCUCUCUCACUCUCUCAUCCUCUCUCUAUCUAUCAAUCAUAUAACUAUCUAUUUUUCUAUCUCUCUCACCAUCUCUCUAUCUGCUAUCCCGCUCGCUAUCCCUCUCUCUAUCUCUGUCUCUCUCUCUCUAUCUAUCUAUCUAUCUUUCUAUCUAUCUGAUUAUCUCUGUCCCUCUUAUCUCUAUCUGUCUUUCUAUCUCUCUAUCUCUCUAUCUCCAACCGAGUCCCCGCUAGAUUCAUCAUUCUUCUCGCUGUCGGCUUCUGUUGCACUUCUUAUAUUAUUCGUCAGGCUGUUCAGUUGUCUGUCCGACCCGUUGUCCAGCCAAUGA